UUUCUACGGCUCCUCCUUCCUGGACUUUGUGUUUGUGAAUGAUGCUGGUCGUUUCGUUGUGAAGGUGAAGGUAGAAAGUGUGUGUGAGCUGAUGUGGAUGUGAAUUGAGCAGCAUGGAUCAGUGUGAGGACAGAGAGGAGGGAGCCCCUCCCUCUAAAAGAGCCAGAGAGAGCCAGACCAAAGCUCAGAGGAACCAGCCUGGACCUCCACCCAGCUCUGUGUCCUUACAGAGUGACCGGUCUGCAGAUCGUCCCAUUGAUUUUAAAAGCCAGCAGUUGUCUGCUGCAGAGAGGAUUUAUGAGAGAGCUGCUGGACCUGAACCUGAACCCAGCUGUGUGUCCUUAAAGAGUGACCGUUCUGCAGAUCGUCCCAUUGAUUUUAAAUCCCAGCCUCUGUCUGCUGCAGAGAGAGUGGACCAGGAGAGCUCAGAGGUUCCCAGUGGUCAGUCUUCACAGCAGCAUCAAAGACACCUGGACUCCAUAUUUACGCUCUUGGAGGACAAAAUGGUGACUUUUGUGAAGAAAGAACUUAAGAAGAUCCAGAAGGUUCUGUGUCCAGAUUACCCAGAAUGCUUAGCGAGUCAGACGGACAAUAAUUGUGCAUUAGCGGGUGAGGAUGAAGAGCCGAAUAGCAUCAGAGAAUCAUUUGUGAAGAUCACACUGCAUUUCCUGAGGAGAAUAAAGCAGGAGGAGCUGGCUGACGAAUUACAGAGCAGAACUUUAAUUAGGGACGUUGAAUGGAGUCAGCAUGAACUUAAGUCUAUUCUAAAGAAGAAGUUCCAGUGUGUGUUUGAGGGCAUCGCUAAAGCAGGAAACCCAACCCUUCUGAAUCAGAUCUACACAGAGCUCUACAUCACAGAGGGAGGGACUGCAGAGGUCAAUGAUGAACAUGAGGUCAGACAGAUUGAAACAGCAUCCAAGAAGCCAGACAAUCUAGAGUGUACAAUCAGACAUGAAGACAUCUUUAAAGCCUCACCUGGAAGAGAUGAACCAAUCAGAACAGUGCUG